AUGGCAGCAGGACCCAUUGCAGAAAGAAAUCAAGAUGCCACAAUAUAUGUGGGUGGUUUGGACGACAGAGUCACAGAGAGUUUGCUCUGGGAAUUGUUUGUGCAAGCAGGACCAGUGGUUAAUGUUCACAUGCCAAAAGACCGUGUGACACAGACACAUCAAGGAUAUGGAUUUGUUGAGUUUAUGGGUGAGGAAGAUGCUGAUUAUGCUAUAAAAGUGAUGAAUAUGAUAAAACUAUAUGGUAAGCCAGUAAGAGUUAACAAAGCAUCAGCCCACCAGAAGAAUCUGGAUGUUGGUGCUAAUGUGUUUAUUGGAAAUUUAGAUCCAGAGGUGGAUGAAAAAUUGCUCUAUGACACAUUUUCUGCAUUUGGAGUUAUAUUACAAACACCUAAGGUUAUGAGAGAUCCUGAAACUGGCAACUCCAAGGCAUUCGCAUUUAUAAAUUUUGCAUCUUUUGAAGCAUCAGAUGCUGCUAUUGAAGCGAUGAACAACCAAUACUUAUGUAACAGACCUAUUUCUGUAUCAUAUGCAUUUAAGAAAGAUGUUAAGGGUGAGCGGCAUGGAUCUGCUGCUGAGAGAUUGCUAGCUGCACAAAAUCCACUGUCUCACGCGGACCGGCCUCACCAGUUAUUCGCAGACGCGCCACCAACUAUAAUGGGUCCCAUCCUCAUGGCGCCACCACCACCUCCCACUCCCACACCAAUGCCACCACCACCCCCAAUGAACGCUCGCCCCCCACCCCCACUACCAAUGGCUCCCCCACCACCACCAACAUCCAUGCCUCCACCCGGUCCUCCUCCGCCCCCUGGGCCACCACCCCCAUUCCACCACUUCCCACCACCCCCAUUCGGACCUCCUGGCUUUGGGCCCCCACCCCCACCAGGAGCAAGGCCCCCUCCCCCCUGGAGACCCCCACCCCCAUCAUUCAGGCCCCAGUUUCCCCCACGCGGACCACCACCCUUCGGACAUUUCCCGCAUCACCCGCCUGAACCAAACUAUAAUUAU